AUGGUAUGCUGAAUCAAUAGUAUAUAUUUAGGAAAAUCUGGCUGUGGCCCAAACAUAUUUUCCUCCAUAAACAACAUUUGUUUCAAUAUAUGACCAAUAGAUUUCAUCACCUUUUUAAAAGUCUUUACUUGUAUAAGAUUCUAAAACAAAAGAAGACUUUAUAUUAUUAGGAACUGUAAAAUCAUAGAAUUGUUAUAUAAAAUAUUUUGAGUCUAAUAUUAUUGGAUUAUGUUUACAUUUAGUCACUUAAUCAUAUUUGAUGCAAAUAUUAUUCUAAAGUAUUGAAGUUUUUGGACAUAAUCUUACACAGUUUCCUUCAGAUACUAUUUUAUACCCAGUCACACAUUAUGAACAAGUAUAAUCUUACUCACAUUUUAAACAAUAAGGUGGACAGUGUGCACUACUCAUUAAAAUGUAAGGCAAAAACCAUCCAGAAUUACCAGAUCUAAAUUUAAAUAAAUAAUCUUUACGUAAAGUUUCCUUUAAUUGAAAAAGUGAAGCCUCCUUAUUCUACAUAAAGAUUAGUGUAUAAUUAUAUAUAUUUUGCAGUUUAGCAACCACUUAAUACUGUGUUAGAUGUAUAAUAAACAUUAAGGUUAUUCCCAAUAUAUUAUGUUCCAUCAUAGUAUAUUGA